AUGAAUGCUAUUGUAAAUGAUACUGCGACAUUCAAACAAAUUACAGAUGAUCCAACUAUGAAUAAAGAAGAUAAAUUAGUGCGGUUUUUAUUGAAACUGCAUGAACGUGGCUUUAUCAGUGAUAAAGAGUACAAACUAGCGAGACCAGUAGGAUCGCGUUUUGCCCGAUUAUAUGGUUUACCCAAAGUUCAUAAGCCAAAUAGACCGAUUAGGUCAAUUCUGUCAUCAAUUAAAACGUUUAAUUAUGGAUUGGGUUUAAUGUUAGCUAAAAGAUUAGCACAUUUGCGGUCUAGUGCGAGUAUGGUAAAAGAUUCAUUUGAAUUUGCUAAUACAGUGAAAUCGUUUUCUGGAUCUCAAUUAAAUCUAAGAAUGAUUUCCUUCGAUGUUAAGAAUCUGUUUACCAAAUUACCGUUGGCCUAUACCAUAGACUUAAUUGUUGAUAAGUUAUAUGAGAAAUGUGAUUUGUGCUCAAUCAGCAGAAAAAAGAUGAAAUGCAGAAAAUGUGAGGAUAGAGAAGAUUUUCGAACCCUCUUGCGUUUAGCGACCUCCGAAACACAUUUUGUGUACAAUAAUAAUUUAUAUGAACAAAUUGACGGUGUGAGCAUCGGAGGACCUUUGGCAGGGACCAUUGCGGAUAUAUUCAUGAUACACUUGGAAGAGUCUCUGCAUGAUGAUCUGUACAAAAAUGGUGUAAGACUUUGGCGAAGAUUCGUUGAUGAUACGUUUACAUUAGUAGAACCC